AGUCGCGUCGAGGCAGCACUGCCGCCGGCAGCGACGGUGCUGACUCCUGAGUUGGACGCCGAGAGUGAGGUUGAACUGAACGGUGUUAUCUGGAAGGUGUAGAAUGACGGGCACUGACGUGGUGUGAGUCAAUCAAGAACGGAUCGAAAACUGGACCCAUGGUUGAGCCUUGUGUGUCACCUUGAACAUCGUGACGCAACCAAAAUCGGUAUGUAAUUCCAGUGAAAAGUGAAGCUCCGUGGUUUAAGGGCGAAACCCUCCACCUGUCUCGCCUUUUAGCUCGACGAUGGUGCGCCUUCUGCAGCCAUCGCCGCUGGCCGUUCUUCCACUGUUGCUGUCGCUGCUGACGUUAAGCCCAGGUUACGAGGUGACGGUGUUCGGUCCAGCCACCCUGUCUGAUCUGCUGCUACACCACGGCUCCGGCUCAGCCGCCGCGCUGACGGUGGCCUCGGCCCUGUCCCCAUCGCGGUACAUGUCCGUGGACAGGUCAGCCGGUCCAGACUGGGUCAUACAGUGGCAGGAUGACGAGGAGAUCUCAGAGGAUGGCGGAGCUGGAGAGAGUACAGCGCGGGGACAGGACGACCUGGUCAGCGGCUACCGUCUCCCGGAGCGUGGGUGGCCCUGGCCGGCAGGGGAUGACCUAAGGCAGGUCAACAGUUUAGGAUACCCAAACACACCACCGAAAGACGGCUUGUCGGCUCACCGUGUGGAUAACCUCACAUCAUACAUCACCUCGUUGACUGCACGUGACGCAGCCAUCGUUGAUACCGGCACGAAACAUGACACGAACGGGACCGGCUUUAAGGAGGCUGUUCGAGACACGCUCGCCACGAUUUUCGAGGAGAUGCUGCGCCGUCCGAACGUCACAGAGGUCAGCACCGAGGCCACAGAGGUCACCGAAGUCACCAGUGUGGCGGAGACGGGGCUGGAGGCCCCUUACGAGGCCGGCUCGGAACCAUUCCUGGAGGAUCAGCUGGCCACCGCCUCCACCAUUUUAGGGCCGUCAGACGACGGAUCCCCACUGGGUCCGUGCAGUACCUGUGCCGACAGCCUCCAGUGGACCCCAAUGCUCGGCUCCAGUCCUGGUCCGGGUGGUUCGGCGAAAGGUGACUUGGGCACCAGCGACUCUCAGUGGCUGGUCAUCACAAAGACGGCCGACACGCACCCCAUCUACGGCGACCCUGAUCUGACGGCCGAAUCCAGUCAGGACGCGCUGGAAUCAGUGAAUGGACUCGAGCUCGGCGACUACGACUCGGCGUUUAGCUCCGACUCCGGGUGGUCGGCCGGAGACAACGAGUACAGGUACGAAGACCAGACCGCAGCCAGCUCCAUACCGAGGGCCGGCAUAGUAUCCCGGAUGUCCCGCAUCUGGAACGGCAUGAGGAGGAGGAUCCGCAGACUGUUCCCCUCCUGGGAGUACCUCACGACAUGGAGGACGCCCUGGUGGUACGAGCGACACGUCAGGCGAAACAGGAACAGACCCCAUCGACGUCGCAAGAGACCAAGACCGUCAUAUGGAGCACCCAGGCCAAGGCCUUCGUACGGAGCUCCGAAACCCAAGCGAAAGCCUCAACCUUCAUAUGGACCACCAAAGUCUAAGCGAAGGCCCAGACCUUCGUAUGGGCCUCCCAAGCCCAAACGAAAGCCAAGGCCAUCAUACGGGCCACCAAAGGCAAAACCAAAACCAUCGUAUGGACCACCAAAAGCAAAACCGAAACCAUCGCAUGGGUCACCGAAGUCGAAGCCAAACUCUUCGUAUGGACCUCCAAAGUCUAAGCCAAAUGCAUCGUAUGGGCCACCCAAGUCUAAACCAAACGCAUCGUAUGGGCCACCUAAAUCCAAACCAAAUGCUUCGUACGGACCACCGAAGUCAAAACCCAAGACAUCUUAUGGACCACCAAAGAGUAAACCCAAAGCAUCAUACGGACCACCGAAGUCUACGUCGAGCGCGUCUAACGGUGCUCCGAAUUCCAAGCCAAGCUCUUCAUACAACACUCCAAGCAGACCCAGUCAAACAUAUGGAGCUCCCAGGAAACGACCAAGCCAGAUGUACGGUCCUCCCUACAACUCUCAGUUGCCGACUCUACGCGGGUCGCCGAACCGUCGCGAUGGGACACGGCCCUCCGAGCCCAUAGACGUCCAGCCGUUUCCGACUACCUACACACCGCAGGUCUCCGGCUUCGGCGCCGUGAGCGAGGCAGCUCUAGACGCACACACCCUCGACCCGGUCACAGAAGUGGACUACGGCACGGCACCGGCCGAAACUGAUACGCUGGACGAGUUUGACCAUCCUCGCCGACCCAAUAGACCUCACAGACCUCACAGACCUCACGGACCUCACGGGCCUCACAGGCCACACAGGCCGGCCGAGCACCGGUUCCCGUCGUUCGACUGGCUCAGCGCUCCGUUCCGCGCCGCGUACGACUGGCAGAUGGGUCUGCUAGGAGGCUUCCUCCGGCGCAUGUCGACAUUCCCGUCACUCAACUGGGGAGUUCCCUCCAUUCGAUUCCCACUUCUGCCAAGUGUUCUGAGGCGCGAUGAGCGCUGGGAUAGGACCAGAGCUGAUGAGAGAGGUCAGGUGCUGCAAUACACGGACUGGGGUGAGCCGGACUCGACGAUCCUCCAGGACCGAGCCGGUCUGCCCGCCGGUACCGGCAGGUCGUCGGUGGUGGACGGCCUUCUCUCGGCGCUCGUUGUUCUUCCGUUCGCGCUGUUCGCGGCGGAGCGUGCCGUGGCCCUUGGAGAGGUGCUUGGUAACACCACCGCAAACCUCUGGGUGGUGGACGCGCUGACCCAGGAGGGAGGAGGUCAGGUGGCGGGCGCAGGAUCCAGACUGCUCCGCGAGCUAGAGAUCCUGACGGAACGCUGUACAGACGGCCUGACUGAUGACGCUGAAGGAGCCAGCAGACAGCAGCAAGAACAUGCCACCAACAUCACCACCAAAUAUCUUGACCAAAGCGAAGCAAACGCUUCUGAAGACGCUGACCACCUUGCUGAAGGAAGUGGUGAAGAGGUUGCUGACGAGAUUAGCCACCAGACCUGUCCCUCCGGCUCCAGCACCGUGGGUCACCUGUUGGGCACCUACCGCUCGCUGUCCGGCUCCGUCGCCGCCCUGCCCGAUGACCUGACCUGCCGCCCGCUGGCGCUGUGUCACGAGCUGAGGGCCAGGGUCGACAGCCCAGCCGAUAUCGCCGCCGCCAUCGCCGUACUGGCGGUUCAGUCAGCCAUGAGCGAUGCACCCGUCUGGAACCUCCUGAGUCUGGGAGCUUCGCUAUGGGACGCAACGGACGACAGCAGCGACCUCUCGUGCUGGUCUCGUGCCGCAGAAAGCUGCUCAGCUGACCCGACCUGAGGUCAGGUCAAGGUCAGGUGGCAGAGAUCAUCUAGUCGCGCGGGCCUGCACAAACUGGUCGUCAGCUGAUUCAGUGUAAACGACACCAUAUAAUCUAUGUUUAGUGGCAUUACAAAUCCAACUGCGGGCCCGGGUCACGGGCUGGCUGUGGGCCGUCGACAGUCGCUGCAAAAACAGGGUCAUUUAAAUCGUCUGAGUUUCUCGUCUGGAGUUAUUGUUGCACUCUGAGGCCAGACCGAGCUAUUUACCGUGACUGUCUGUUUGCAAGGCAUUUGUUCCGACUACUGUUUGCAGAUUAGAUUCAUGGUCGUUGCACGUCUUGCUCUGCAGAUGGAGAGACAAAUGGAGACGAGACGGACUAGGUCAACAGGCUAGCUUCAUAUUUUUCGUGGAGUACAUUCGGGUAGUGGCUCCAAAUCCAUGUAACGAGACGGCUCUGUGACAGUAGAGUUGGGAUGGCGGGACAUAGAUUCACUACGCUCCUUUUUAUGUUGUUAAAUGUUUUUGCAAUUAUCAGAUCGCUUAAUUCCUAGGGUCUUUAUAAUUCGUUCAAGUAUUUAUGUUAUCUGAGCGUGAAUUUAACGCCACGAUAAAAAUAGCGCAGAGGGUAGUGCCGUGUCUCUUUAAUAGUGUAUUGAACAGUGUUUAACUUGUUGAAUGUUUUACGCAUUGGGACAUAUGAUUCAAUUAAGUGUAUGUUAAUUUAUUAUGUUUCUCUUUCUUUCAAUGGUUCGAUCAUGCGCUUAUAUGAAAGAACAGGCCUAGCAUGUUCAUAUAAUAAACGUCGUUUAUUA